UUUUAGGAGAAAUUCAGUCACUCGAAUAGGCUUGAAAAAAUAGUAAUAAAAUGGCUGGGAACCAGGGAAAAUUUAUAGAUAGAUCACCGAUUAUUUGUGCGGCGGGAAAAUCGAACAGAUGUAAUGAAACAGUAGAUUCAACUCUUCACCAAUAUUCUUUGGAAGAUAAAAUAAGUGCAAUUAAACAUGAUGCAAAAAUCUGGCAUGAAGAUGUUUUCAAGCCACCACUUGAAUUACCACCAAUUCAGAAUGCUUGUUUUCGGGGUACGAACACUGAAAUAAAACCACUGUUGAAUCCUACAGUGAAUACUAGAUUUCAAUCACUAAUAGAAGAUCUGAAAAAUACUACAUAUGACUCUUACUGGAAUAAACCUAUUGGCAAGGGCAGAGAUCAAGUGCCCGGGUUACCUAAAGGAAUGGAUCCUAUAGAAGUAACUUUUGGAAAACAAUCAGAAAAGGGAAUACCAAUGAAAGAACUGGUGAAUCCGCCAAAGUCGCCGUAUGAAGUAUUAUAUGAUAGCCAGAUAGGGCAUGAAAUGUACCAAAGAACACACAAUGACUAUAAUCCAUCAGAACAGAUCAAAAGAGGAUAUUUGUCUCCCCCUUUCAAUUCAGAGGGCACUUUUGGUAUAAAAACCAAAUACGAUUACAGAGGAAUUGGGGCGAGAUGUGCUUGUAAUUGGCACAUAACUGAACCAGUUGUACAUGCUAAUAAAAUCCAGGCUGACUAUUUGGGAAGGGUGCAACAUGGAAUUGGAAAACCUUUAGCACCGAAUCGCAAUAUUGAUUGUGUCCCAGAAGGUCACACUUUUGGAGAUAGGAGUGACAGAGCUUUUUAUGGCGUGGAAGAUUUAUUGAAGGACUCCAGUUGUGAACCAUGUAUAUUCAAGAGAGAUUUUCACAAAUGGUUAGCUUCUCUGAACCAACUGAGAAUAAGAAUGGCUGUUAAGAAAAGGCACGGUUUCAAUUUUCGAGAUUUUUACAGAAAAUGUUUGUAUUGGGACAAGGAGAAAUCUGGAUACUUAGCGAAAAAUAUAUUUUAUGAACUUUGCUCUUGUCAUCAUUUGGAUUUUGCUAAAGAAGAUAUUGAAUCACUGCUGAACUUCCUUCAGAUAAUUGUCGAUGAAAAUAUACACUAUGAGAAAUUCAUAGAACUCAUAAAUGUCAAUGGAAAACAACUAUAUCUGAUGCCAGUUAAAGAUAUACCAAAAAAUAACCUCUACUAUGUGACCACUUCUCAAGCUGCAAGUUGUGAUUACUUGAUUAUUGAUAACUCAGCUAUGCUACCAGCAGGAAUUCCAUCAAUACGAAAUGAUUUAUCUCACCCCAUUGUGCCCCCAUCAGGAUGCAAAGCAGAUUUAGAGAACCUGGGCGACAACACGUCUGUAAAGACGUUGAUAAGUCCAAGUAUAUACAACACUUAUGGUUUGACUUUUAGUGAUUUUUAUGAGCCUAGACAACCAGGAACUAUAAAAAAACUAUUUGAAAACAUUGGGUAUACGUUUCCUGGCAGUACGUUUGAGAAAUUCUGGCAAGAGGGCUUGGAACUCGAUCAAACUGGUCUAGUAUGUGUUGAAACUUUCAAAAAUGUCUUGAACAAAUAUUCGGCUCCAAUGAGAAUACGAGUAGAUGAAAGAGAUUGCAAGAGACCUUGAAAAACAAUUCAUUUACUGAGAAAAUAUAAUACCGUUAUAUACACUUAAAAAAUGAAUAAAUAUUUAUUCAGCUCCUCUGCCUCCCUUUAUCUUCCCUAUUUCUAUACCUCUUAUCCUUCUCUUCCUUGAUUCUAACUCUUUCUCUUGAAUGUGACCGCCUUCUUGAUGAAUACUUUUCAAACGUCUUUUUCUCAUUUUGCAACUGAUGAAUAUUGUCCUCAUACCUACUCUUAACCCACUGGUAAUCUUUUUUUCUUCCUCCUUCUCUUUCAUCAUCAUUUUUCCUUGAAGAUUUUUUGUGACCCUCAUCGAGUGACCUGCUGCUUGGAAUUUUUUUAUGGCGUCUUUCAUCUACUUCUUCUUCAGAAGAAGAAUCCUUGUUUUUCUUGCUACUGCUCUUGGGUUUUCUAUUGGUGAUUUUCUUCUGCUUUCUAUGCUUCUCAUCCUCUGAACUAUCUGGGCCUGAAACUAUUGGAAAAUUGAUACACAGGUGCACC